AUGGUGUCCUAUCAAUAUCUACAUUCCUUGCUGCCAUUGAUCCUGUCCGGUGUGUGUGGUCUCAACUUUGGCUGGAACUGUCAGAACACCCCUCAGGCGUGCCAAAAUGCCUGCUACGCCGUUCGCUGCGGAAGCCCAUCCAUCACCUUUUUGACUCGUGGUGAUCCGGAGGACACGGACGAUCAACGGAAGAGGGCUGGCUGCAGUGGUAGCCCCUGCAGUAUACUCCCAUGGGCCGGUGCUGGAACCUCAUGCGACGAGUACCCAUUCGCCAGUGUUGAGGAAGGCGGUUGGGAGGCCUACCAGCGGUGUAUCCCUCUGAUUGAAAACCAGCGACAGGGGGGUCAACUGGGGGGUUUCUAUCGCCGUAACGAUGUGAUCGAAGGAACGCAGUUCUAUGUGUUCUUGGUCAACUACGAGGGAAUUCGCUAUUGCGACAACGCAAUGAACUGCAUUAACGACGGUCAGCAGUUCAUGACGCAUCGGGCACUCACCAAGAGGAAUGAGGUUGUGCAGACGACACUUUUGGUCCCUAACCAUACUGGAACAGCUGACGUUCCCAGCUUUCGAGAGUUCGUCGACGAGGACGACCUCCAUCUGAUCCUUCUUUCUGGUGAGACUACCACGGAUUUCGUUGGGGAGGAGGUGGACGUGAGUGGUAUUGGCUUGGUAGAGAUUGUAGCAGAGGAGAAUCCAAAUGAUCAGUAG